AUGUCGUGGGACCUGCUCAAACGCUUCCUCGAGUCCGAUGUCUUCAACUCAAAUCCCUUCCUCUCCGUCUCGUACCUCUCCCGCUAUGCCGAUCACGUUGGCAUCCACUACGUGCUCUGCAAUAAGUUGCGACAGUUCCCCUACGAGGACAUUGAGUUCUUCCUGCCGCAGCUAUGCCACCUUAUAAUCAGCGUCGACAAUGAGUCCAUGGCCCUGGAAGAAUUUCUGCUGGACUUGUGUCAGGAAUCUGUCACCGCCGCCCUUUUGACAUUCUGGCUCUUUCAGACAUACUUGCACGACCUCUCCUUGACACCGCAAGCCAAGGCCUUCCAGACAUGUCGGCGGGUGUACAACAAGGUCCAGCAUAUCGUUUUCGGCCUGCCCGAUGCCGCUCGACACGAGAGAAUCAAGGAGAACACGUUGCCCGUCACGGUCCUCGCCAGCUUCGUCCUCGCCAGUGUCGCCGUGCCAAUGCUCCCCUCCUGGGCUGGACCCCUGGCCGUCGCGCAAGCUCGCAAGCCCCAACCGUCCGAGGACCUCAUAUCCGAGACACGUGAGAGCGCGAAACCGCCUGCCCGCGCCCACACCGUGACGGCCGUGAGCUCUCGGUCGAAGCGCAUCAAGGACGGAAGCAGAACUACAAGCGCCCCCGACCCAAAGGGCCCGACAGGACCGCCGCACAGCCUUUCGCAGCCAUCGAUCGUUCGCCAGAACUCGGGUGAUUCGGCCAAGACACCCACGGAACCCAAGCGACCAUCCGCCCUGGCGAUGAAGUCGCUCGAGGCCCGCCUCAGCUCUUCUUCACUGCCUCUGCCGGAGCUGCGGUCGCCGCGCAUGGUCACUCGGCCAUCGACCCCCGUGUCUGCCGGAAUUGUGGCUCGUCCGGGCAAGCUCAUGUCCAGGAGGCAUUCACACCAUCCCAAAAGCGGGCUGGACGUCUCCGAUCUCACAUGGAACCAAAAAGUCGGGCUCUUGCGGCAGAACUACUUCCGAUGCCAGACCCAACUCCUCACAGCACUCGAGGGCAUCUCCAACCGCCUCGUCAUCGUGCCCAAGCCUGCGCGGCUCAGCGCCUUGCGUGCCGAGCUUGCUUUGAUCGCGCAGGAUCUGCCGGCCGAGGUUGACGUGCCGGUUAUCUGUCCGCCAACGCUCGUUAAUGGAUCUCCGAGCAGGAGCCGACAUCAUCGAAUCGUACGACUGAACCCUGCGGAAGCGACAGUACUGAACAGCGCGGAGAAGGUGCCCUUUCUCCUCAUGGUCGAAGUCUUGAGGGACGACCUCUCGUUCGACCCAGACUCGGUCGACAAUCAGAGGCUGCUUGCCACGCUUGUCACCGAGGAGGGGAGCUCAAGACGCAUAUUCGACUUGUCCGAAUCGAAGCGAAGGAUACCGGCCCUUGCGCGGGCCUUGGAACCUGUUGAUCCCGUGGUUGACAGCGUCUUCGAGCCUGUGUCGGGCGAUCUCGGUAGUUCGCCGCUGCUGAGACCAUCCGACGAUGAGCCGAUCAGCAAAUACCAGGGCAAGCAUAUUGCAGCCAACCAUCCACAGCGACUUUCGAGCGGCGGCACGACAAUGUCCAGCACGGUCUCGGACGUUGCCACUCCUCGGAGCUCGGGUGGCUCCACACGAUCGAGCAGCCCGGGACCGUCGCGUAAAAUGACGCUUACGGCCCGCACCAACACAUCAGUAGACCAGCCGGAUAUCUCGGCGUUGGCGACACACAUGCGCACGGCCUCGCAGAUGCUCGCGCAGCUGGACGCGACGAGCGGCAAGAGGCCGAAGGGCGAGGUGGCAGCCAUUCGAACGAGAAUCAUUGCCAGCAUGCAGACCUUGGAGGAACAGAGUUUCGACCUGGACGAUGGCACGGGGCCAACGUUUGACACGAUCAUCGCCAAGGCUUCAGCGGCGCAGGCCGCCAUCGAUCCCGACCUCGACGAGACGACGCCAGCUGAGACAAAUGUCAACACGGCGGCCGGUCUGGCACGGAUGGAGAACGACAUCAAAACGGGCGGACUGCAGCGAAAGAGUGAUCGGGACGACCCCAGCGCGGCCGUCUUUGGCGAGGCAUGGCAGGCCAAGAAAGAGCGCAUUCGAAAGACAUCACCGUACGGCUGGAUGAAGAACUGGGACCUCAUCAGCGUCAUUAUCAAGACGGGCGACGACCUUCGGCAAGAGGCUUUUGCGUGUCAACUGAUCCAGGUGUGCCACAAGAUCUGGAUCGAUGCAGGUGUCGACGUAUGGGUCAAAUUGAUGCGCAUCCUCGUCACGGGGGAGAGCUCAGGUCUCGUCGAGACGAUUACGAACGGUGUGUCGCUGCACUCGAUCAAGCGCAGCCUGACUAUGUCCAUGAUGGAGGCAGUACCAAACCAGCGGUCACGGCGGCUGGCGACGCUCAAGGACCACUUCAUCAAGGCGUUCGGUCCGCCAGAGAGCGAGCCGCACCGAGCCGGCGUUGACGCGUUCAAGCGCUCGCUUGCGGCAUACAGCAUCAUAUCGUAUAUCCUGCAGCUGAAGGACCGGCAUAACGGCAAUGUGCUCAUCGACAGCGAGGGCCACAUUGUGCACAUUGACUUUGGUUUCAUGCUGUCCAACUCGCCAGGCUCGGUCGGGUUCGAGGCAGCGCCAUUCAAGCUAACGCACGAGUACGUUGACGUGCUCGGGGGGAUCGGGUCGCAGGAUUAUGAUGACUUUAAGCAGCUCUGCAAACAGGCCUUCCAAGCUCUCCGACGGUCGGCGGAUAACAUUAUUGACCUUGUGGCCAUGAUGGGUCGCGAGUCCAAGAUGCCGUGUUUCUCGGCGGGCGUGACGCAGGCGACGUACAACCUGCGCCAGCGCUUCCAGCUCCAGCUCAGUGCGGACGAAGCUGAGCAGUACGUCGAGACGGACCUGAUUGGCAAGUCCUUGGGAAGUUACUACACGCGACUUUAUGAUACCUUCCAGUAUAGGACGCAGGGAAUCUACUAG